AUGGCUCCUGGUGUCUCAAAUGAGAAGAAAACUGAUGAUGAACAGUCUUCAAAAGAGAAUUUUAUCCAUCUCUGCAACCCUCACCUGGAGAAAAUGAAAGAAGACAUCCUCUACCAUUUUGCUCUUGGGACUGGUACCCAUGAUUUUCCAGCAUUGUUUGGAGAUGUGAAGUUCGUAUGUGUUGGAGGAAGUCCUUCACGGAUGAAAGCUUUCAUCUCCUACAUAGCUGAAGAACUGGGGCUUGGGGGCCCUGAUUGUGACUAUCCGAACAUCUGUGCGGGAACUGACCGCUAUGCAAUGUACAAAGUGGGACCUGUUUUGUCAGUCAGUCACGGUAUGGGCAUUCCUUCUAUUUCAAUCAUGUUGCACGAGCUGAUCAAACUGUUGUAUCAUGCCAAGUGUUCCAACAUAACCAUUAUUCGCAUUGGCACCUCUGGUGGAAUAGGUCUGGAGCCAGGCUCAGUGGUUAUAACUAGGCAGUCUGUAGAUGCCACCUUCAAACCUCAGUUCGAACAGGUUGUUCUGGGAAAGACUGUAAUUCGCAGUACAAACCUAGAUGAACAGCUAGCUAAGGAACUGAUGCAGUGCAGUAAAGAAAUCAAUCAGUUCAAUACAGUCAUUGGAAACACUAUGUGCACUUUGGAUUUCUAUGAAGGACAGGGCAGAUUGGAUGGUGCAAUCUGCUUAUAUAACGAAGAAGAGAAACUGCAAUAUUUGAAGGAAGCUUAUGAUUCUGGCGUCAGAAACAUAGAGAUGGAGUCGUCCGUAUUUGCUGCAAUGUGUAAUCUCAGCGGUGUCAAAGCUGCCGUAGUGUGUGUCACUCUUCUGAAUCGGCUUGAAGGGGAUCAGAUUAGUAGCUCACAUGAUGUGCUUGUGGAGUAUCAGCAGAGACCGCAGAAGUUAGUGGGAUAUUUCAUUAAGAAAAGUCUUGGGAAAGUAUGAAGUAUCCAUCUGUGUUUUAUAGAAGCAGAAGGCUUUUGCACAGCUGAAGUCAUGGUCACGACUUCUGUGCGUUAGAAGCGUUUUGCUUCAGAAGAGCUUACAGCGUUCCGUGUGCCUGAAGAAGUUAAUCAUUAAUGUCACUGUGCUUUGGGAACUGAAUGUGCUGAAUGGACUUCAGUUAAGUUUUGCCUAGUUAUGUGUUGCUGGAUACAAGACUCACUUUUCUGUGAAUUGGAAAGUAGCUCUGUUGUGAAGGACAAGUGUGCUAUAAUAUAUGAAAAAGCUUUAGUUAUCCCUGCUGUAAAAGGAAAACUAGGAAGAAAAUGAGAUUUUAUUGCCAAGUACUUGCAAACCACCAAAUUAAAGUUAACUUAAGAAUGCUAAUCCCUUUCUCAUUGUUUUAUUAAAGUAUAUAAGUUAUA